GGCGCUUAGUAGAGCUCCGCGGGGCAGAGCGUUUUAGUUGGUCGUCGUCGUCGUCGUGUGCUCGAUAGAAGGUCCGAGUAGGGGUACGAUCCGUGUCCGUAUCCGAUUUUGUGUAUAAUUAUGCUUCUUGCUUUCUGUGCUAUUGAUUUGUGCCCGAACUAAACUAGACCGGAGGGCUCCACGCCCCCGCCCCUGCCCCAGCCCCUGCCCAUGCGCCUGCAUCACCCACGCAGAGCAGUCGGGGUCUUGAGAGGCUUAUCAGCGAUAAGAAGUCUGAUUGGAAGGUGUUGCUCGUGUCAGACGUUGUCUUUACUUGGCUUUCGUUUCUUUUUCGUUUGCCAGACAUCCAAAAAGAGUACUGAUCCAUAAAUGCGAGAAGAAGAGAGAACCGCGCCACAGUUUUUAUUCGUUUUCGGUUUAUAUACUCAUAAUCGUGGUAUUCUUCAAUCAUGGCCGGCGAUGCAGAACCAAAGAGGGGCUAUCGCACCAUCUUUCGGAGCAUAUCGCAGGUGUUCUAUGCCAACGCCAAGAAUACAUCCAGUAACAACAUAAACUACAACAACACCAACAAUUCAAACAACAACGAGAGAUUGCAAAUGGACAACAACAAUAGCCUCACAGCGACCUUAACUAAUGUUACAAAAUCGCCAUCGAUAUCGAUAUCGACAUCGACAUCCACAACAUCCACCACACCAUCGAUAACACUAACAACGGAAAAUAUCGCAGGGAAGUGCAUCGAGUGUCAGGACCAGAGCGCAGCCAGGCUGAGGGCCAGCUCCAUGCUGGAUCUCAGCUCCAACAGCCGCCAGUCCACAAUGAGGAUCCGAUCCUGCCACGUACUAGCACCCCAAAUGUGCUGGGCCUUAGCCAGAUUGUAAUACCCUUUGGAAGCGUACAAAAAGGAGAAGAACGUGGCAGAACAGCAAUAAUAAUGAGAGGAAGGGAAUAGCUCACCAACACAUAUAGAACCAUCAGGCAGCGUCGCCGUCGCAGUCGCAGUCGCAGUGGAGUUUGCUGUCUCUGCUGAUGACGACUGCGCUGCCAACUCAUUACCGAGACAAAAACAUAAUGCUGCCCGCCGCCACAGACGCGAGUCUGGGCCUUGGGCCUGGGGCCUGGGGCCCUGGACACGGGACAGGGAUAUGGACAUGGGCCAUGAGCCACCCUUUCGGCAGAGACCCGCAGAAAAACACAACCAUAAACAGACAAAAAGAAGAAACGACGGAAAUUGAAAGCGAAAAAAGUAUGUUCUUAAGAAAACAUCCCCCCAAGCGUAGCGUUAGCUAAAUACCCUAUACCCUAUAAAUACCGAAACUAUGACCAUUUAUGUGGUGUUAAGGAAUGGUUGAUGGUGCAAUUGCAAUGAAGAAUUUUGGGAUAAUUAUAAAUAAAACUAAAGAGUAAAGAACA